GGUUGAAUGGUUGAUUGGAAUUCAUUAUACAUAUCACUUUAUCUCUCUAGCUCUCCCUUCUCUCUAGAUUAAAUAAUCUAUCAUUUGGUGCUUUCAUUGAGAGCUAGAAUAUAUCAAGUGAGAUCCUCCCAACCAAUAUCACAACACGUAAACUAUGGAUGUGGUAUCACUUCGGCCCAAUUGGGAGCAAAAUGAAACCCGAUAUACACUUUCACAUGUGGGAGUAUUCUUCGGCCAAAACUAAAGAAAGCAACAUAAACGAAGUCAACUUGGCUUUACAGGUGGCAGCUUCCUAAUCCACAACUCAGCCCACCACUUAAACAUGACGGCAAGGUCAACUGAAACUACAAAAAAUUGGGACAGCCUCGGCUACAACAUCAAUCGUCGGGGAAGCUUUACCCCGGCCAAAGAAGGAACUUUGGGUCACCUCGGCUAUCCAUAUGUGAGGCAUAGAUCAACGGCCAAGAACUUUUCCUCGGUAAAUUGGGACGAGAAGCCCAAGUACACCUUCGGCUCAGCCAAGGACAUCAAUGUCACACUUCGGCCGGCACCACAUCGGCCGGCAUUACUUCGCCCAAAGGAAGCUCCCUGGUGCCCCACGUCGGCAAUCCCUCGGCCGAACCUGAAUAGGCCAAGUAUCGGUGCACCCCUCGGCCUAUUGGGACCCUUCUGCCAAUUCACCCAGUCCUGGAAGCAAGCAGUGGCGCACCCCAUCGGCCGGAACCCCAUCGACCAGACCGCAUCGGCCCGAAGGGGAAGGACCAUGGCAGCACCUCCGUCCUGAAAGCGGAAGGGAAGCAACGAAUCCAUCCCCCGGAUGAACUGCACAACGUCUGGAAUCACCUCUGCUACACUAUCGGCCAUACCACCAUCGGCCUAACCAAUGGGGAUGACACGCUUCGGCCAAGCAAUUGAAUUAGACAACUGGCUCCCCGUCCAAACCAGGGGGUCACUCACACCUUGGCAACGCAUCGGCCGGCACACCCGUCGACUGACAAAACAUCGGUUCAAACAAGGGAGAGGCAGUCCCUUCGGCCAAGAGAAGCUCCUCAGUGCCCCUUGUCCACAGCGGUCCCCAUCGGCAACACAAUUGAGGGAGGCACCGCAUCGGCCGGCAUACAACGGCCAGCAACAUUCCGGCCGGAACCUCAUCGGCCGGCACCUCAUCGGCCGGCACCUCAUCGGCUGGCACCUCAUCGUCCGGCACCUCAUCGGCCGGCACCAUCGGCCUGCAACACCAUCGGUCGGCACACCAUCGGCCAGAUUGGUGCAGUGAUUUCCACAUCAGCCUUGGCGGCAAUAAUCAGGGCCCCUCAACACACCGGCCAAGCAGUUGAGGAUUAUGACACUUCGGCCAAACCAACAAAGCUGAUCGGGAAAUCUCUGUUACCCCCCUCGGCCAAGCGAACUCUAGGGUCACCUUCGGCCGUGCAAGACAUUCGUCCUGCCUGAAAUCAGCACGUCGGCCAAACAUACACCUCGGCAGGACUGGAUGCGCGUCGGUGUCGGUCUGAGGCACGGGCAGCUGCAACGCCUUCAUCCGCUCCGAGAGCCUUGUGCGCCGGGAAGUCGUGCCUAUUUCGCACCGGCCAAAUCGGAAGUCAAACACCAUUUCCUCAUAAGCUUAUCGGCUAAAGCAACCAGGCUCUCCCCUGGGGCUGGAGUCAUGCUUUCAAGCUUAAAUGAGCUAGUGGGCCAACAGUUGGGCCGACCAUUUAAUAAAGGCUGGAUUCUCUAGAGCAGGCACUAUCAGCUAUAUCUAUAUCUCCCUGCUGGAAUUCUAAGCAGGGCAGGUUUCGGCCCAAAUACAAGACUACUGAUCAUGACGAGCUACCCACAUCUAUGGAUCGGCCUCUGCCAUCCCCUCGGCAGACGGACACCGCUGCAGCUCCACCUCUAGGCCGAAGGGCUCGCACCUUUUGUUUCGUUCUGGGGGCAUCCGAUGUACUCUUUUUCCCUCAUUAGGAUUUUUUCCCACAGGGUUUUUCCUAAUGAGGUUUUUAACGAGGCAUCUCCCCAUUGUGGAUCAAAGGGUGUCAACCCUCGGCCCCCUGUUGCAGACAUCAUCAGACAUGCAUUACUCAACUCCUCUUCACCUCAUUACACUCGCCUCAAGGAGUGGGGGACUGGGAGAGCGGGGGACUUAGCGCCUCCGUUACCAAAGAAGCAGAAAUUCAAAAUUUUUUGCAAGGAUUGCCACACGCACCGACGACAUCAUCAUAUCACAUACAUAUUCAGCUGCCACAUCGGCCAGUACAUAUACAUAGCUUCCCGGCCUCAAGACCGGUAGUGAUGAUCUCUAGCCUGCGACCUUCGGCUGAGGAUUCUCCCACAGGGUUGCCUCAGCCAGGGCUCACCAGUGGGAUCGGAUCAUCGGCUUGGGAAUCCGGGCGAGGCGCUUCGACGACGACAACAGUUUACUCACCGGACGACGACAGAUCAGCACACAGUUCUACUCUCUUUCGCUUCGAGUACUCUCGACUCAGAGAGUGGGGGACUCCUGAUAGAGUAUAUAGACUCGGACCCUGGGUAUCACGACUAUUGGGCCCAGACAGCGGCCCGGACAGCGGCCCACAUAUGUUCAGUAGAUAGCAUUUAUUUCCUUGUACACUACAUUUAUUCAUAUGUACACAUUUAAAUAGAUUAGAUACUAUUUAUUAGCCAUUUAUUGGCCUUUUAUUGUAACUGGGCCAGCCAGGCCCAAACCUGGAAGCCCAACCCUCUUUUCUCCUAUAAAUACUCCCUAUGGGAGCCAUGUAAAGG